CCGGCGCCAAUUUCAGUCAGAGAUAAGGUUUUAAGAACUUCGUUUCUCCCUCUAAUCCCAAUCUUGUGGCUCUCUGUUACUCACUCCACGCAGAGAGCUCAACGAAGGGAGAGAGACGAGUAUUGCAAGGAAGAGAACUGAUAAACCCUAAACAAUGACUUGUACUCUUCAAGCUUCACUUCUCUGCAAGCCUUCACUCUCCUUCUAUCCAUCUCCUUCGAAUCAGCACGUCUAUCUCACCUCUCCACGCUACCGCCAACUACGUCGCUGCAACGCUGCUUCUCUAUCGUUCAAUCCUCUUUCUCUCUCUAAAUCUUCCUUAGUUAUUUCAGGGUUUCUCUGUUCCAGAUUACGCUCCGCGUGUUUAUCCGUUGCUUGCACAUUGCAUCCCGAGAAUGUUAAUUCCGAUUCCGAGUUGACAAGAGAGGGUGCAGUCGUGGAUGACGACGUCAAACAAUCCGAAUUCGGUGAUUCUCGCGGGGAAGGUUCGGAGAAGGGUGCGGUUUCUGGUUUUGAAGAGUCGAGAAUCGAUGGAGUCGAGUUGGAGAAUGGGGUUGCGCAGUGUGGGGACGAAGGGCGGGAUUCUGGAGAGAGUAAAGGGGCCAAUGGAGAAUCGGCGGAGAAAGAGGGGCUGAAAAGCAAAAUUCCACUGGUGGUGUUUCUGAUGGGACUGUGGGCGACUGCGACGAAAGGGAUAGAGAAGUUGAUGGCAUUGAAAUGGUUUAGCUGGUGGCCGUUUUGGCGGCGGGAGACGCGGCUCGAACGGCUCAUUGAGGUGGCAGAUGCAAAUCCCAAUGAUGCAGCUGUACAGAGCGCUUUAUUGGCUGAGCUCAAUAAGCACAGUCCUGAGUCCGUAAUCAAGCGUUUCGAACAAAGAUACUAUGCAGUAGACAGUCGAGGAGUUGCAGAAUAUCUUCGGGCUCUUGUCAUCACCAAUGCUAUUGCUGACUAUCUACCAGAUGAACAAUCUGGAAAACCCUCGAGUCUUCCCACAUUGCUGCAAGAACUAAAGCAGCGAGCCUCAGAGAACAGUGAUGAACCAGUUUUGAGCCCUGGCACAUCUGAGAAACAACCAUUGCAUGUUGUGAUGGUUGACCCUAAGGUUUCAAACAAAUCACGGUUUGCACAAGAGCUUAUUUCAACUAUCUUAUUCACUGUUGCUGUUGGCUUAGUAUGGUUAAUGGGUGCAGCUGCGCUCCAGAAGUAUAUAGGUAGCCUGGGUGGAAUUGGAGCUUCAGGUGUUGGCUCAAGUUCUUCUUAUGCCCCAAAAGAGCUGAAUAAAGAGGUCAUGCCAGAGAAGAAUGUUAAAACAUUUAAGGAUGUAAAAGGUUGUGAUGAUGCAAAACAAGAACUGGAGGAAGUAGUCGAAUACCUCAAAAACCCAGCUAAAUUUACUCGUCUUGGUGGCAAGUUACCAAAGGGAAUUCUUCUGACUGGGGCACCUGGGACAGGAAAGACUCUGCUUGCAAAGGCAAUUGCUGGAGAAGCAGGGGUACCUUUCUUCUAUAGGGCUGGAUCUGAAUUUGAGGAAAUGUUUGUUGGAGUUGGUGCCCGGCGUGUGAGAUCAUUAUUCCAAGCAGCUAAGAAGAAGGCUCCUUGUAUCAUUUUCAUUGAUGAAAUAGAUGCUGUUGGAUCCACAAGAAAGCAAUGGGAAGGACAUACAAAGAAAACAUUGCAUCAACUACUCGUUGAAAUGGAUGGUUUUGAACAAAAUGAGGGAAUAAUAUUGAUGGCAGCAACAAAUUUGCCUGAUAUUCUUGAUCCAGCUUUGACAAGACCUGGUAGAUUUGAUAGGCAUAUUGUUGUUCCUAAUCCAGAUGUGCGAGGUCGUCAAGAGAUUUUGGAACUUUAUCUACAAGAUAAACCUUUGGCUGAUGAUGUGGAUGUUAAAGCUAUUGCCCGCGGAACUCCAGGAUUCAAUGGUGCUGAUCUCUCGAACUUGGUAAACAUUGCUGCCAUAAAAGCAGCUGUGGAAGGUGCAGAGAAGAUAACUGCUACACAGUUGGAAUUUGCCAAGGACAGAAUAAUUAUGGGAACUGAGCGAAAAACAAUGUUCAUAUCAGAGGAAUCAAAGAAGCUCACUGCAUAUCAUGAGAGUGGUCAUGCUAUUGUUGCUUUCAAUACUGAAGGUGCACAUCCAAUUCAUAAGGCAACAAUUAUGCCCCGUGGAUCUGCCCUAGGAAUGGUUACUCAGCUCCCAUCAAGUGAUGAGACAUCAAUUAGCAAGAAACAGUUAUUAGCCCGUCUUGAUGUUUGUAUGGGAGGAAGAGUUGCAGAAGAGCUCAUAUUUGGGAAUGAUCAAAUUACCACUGGAGCAAGCGGCGAUCUCAACACAGCCACAGAGCUUGCUCAAUAUAUGGUGUCAAAUUGUGGGAUGAGUGAUGCAAUUGGACCGGUUCACAUCAAAGAGCGGCCUAGUUCAGAAAUGCAAUCACGUAUUGAUGCCGAGGUAGUAAAACUCUUAAGAGAAGCAUAUGAUCGUGUAAAGGCUUUGUUGAAGAAGCACGAGAAGGCUUUACAUGCACUAGCCAGUGCACUUUUGGAGUAUGAAACACUCAGCGCAGAAGAUAUAAAACGAAUCCUUCUUCCAUACCGAGAAGGACAAUUAUCUCAAUUUGAGCAACGAGAAGGGCAAGAAAUGCAACAAGAACAAGGAGACCUUGUCUUGGCAUAAAACCAAAAAGAUAACAUGUAGCUCUCUUCUGUGACCUACUCAGCUGCAGGACCCGUGCUCUGUACAGAAUAUUUAAGCCUCUCCCGUACGCUAUUCUUUUCACUGUUUUCAAGUGAAUGUCACAAGACAGUCACUUCCAGAUUCCGAGCACUGAGUUCUUCUCUGGCGUCUUGGAAGCACCUUGCCAUUUAAUCUUUUUAACAUUUUUUUGGUAAUUCAAUAACUUUGUGGUAAUGGUACUAAAAAAAGUUAUUGAAUACUACUAAAUGUUAGAAAGUUUAAAAAGGGCAGUUAAUUUAAUUAUACGCUUUCGAGGCGUCAAAUGUUUUUUUUUUUUUUCCUCCGAGCGAUAUCUCCGAAGCAGCGACUGCAGACUGCUCCGUUCUAACAGAGUAUAACGAAAA